UGCCGGUCGAAGUAUAAAGCUUGGAGGUGGUAGAGCGAGCAAGGCAUUCAGACGCUAACAGUGCACCAGUGAAGUGGUAGAAAGUACAGUUCUAUAUUUAGCAGAACAACAAAAAAUAACAAUAUCUGUCUAAAUAUAAAAAGAAACAAAAUACAAAAAUCAUGCGGUGGUUAACGAUAAGCUGUUUGCUGCUACCGAUAAUCAUCGCGAGCGCGGCCGCUGAGUGGUCGUGGGGAGGCGAUUCCGCGGCGAAGGAAACUAGCGAUAACACUGAACUACUAGAAGGUGAACGGUUGGGCGCAGCACAGGAUAAGGACCUGGAGUCUAAUGGCACCGUUCUAGAUGACAUUGUUGGAGAAAUCAUCAGCAGCAAACAGGGCAGGAGCCUGGGCGGCUUUGACGACGUGUAUGCAGACCCGACCAUCAAAGACGCUCUGGAAGCUGGAGACGACUCUGAGGCCAGACAGCUGGUCAAGGACCGUUUGUGCAGUCUGGGAUUAGUGCAAUGCGACGAUGAGGAUGUCCAAGAAAAACGAACCUACGUCUCUCCCGAUGAACUGAUCUACGCUCAACCUGUCGACAUCACGCCUGUAGGAAAGCCGAUCGCUUCCAUUCCUGUCCGUGGACCCCCGCGAGCGUACGGAGCACCCAAACCAAUGCCGCAAUACCAAUCCCGCCCCAUUAAAACACCACCGAAGAGGAUGGGCUAUGGCGAAAACGUGCGACCAGGAUUCUCCGAAAAAUACGGACAAGUCUCCAACAACCAAUAUUCCCAGAGCAACGGUCUCUACAAUGGAUUCAAUGCACAGAACUACGUCACUAAACCCCCAAGUUACGCUGGUGAAAGCCCUUACGCUUACGAAAACAACAGGCCCAGCUACAACAACAAAGCCCCCGCCUCGUCUUCUGGCUCGAAGCCGGAGUCCGUCGUGCAGCAACAUGUGCACCACCACUACGUGCACGAUGACUCGAACAAGGACCCGAAGGUCAUCAUCAAGCCCGUGGCCAUCCCCGUUGGCUCCGUCGGCUCCAUCAAUGCCCAGUCCCUCGCCCAGCAGCAAACCGACAUCAUCACCGCCGCCGGAGGCGACUACAGCUUCGGAAGCGGCAGCGGCGGAUUCAAGCCGAUGUCGGGCAUCUACGCCCAGGAGAACCGACCAAUCAACACUGAUACUAUCUAUGGUUCUCAAUACAACCAGGGAGGCUACAACAAAGGAUCCGGUAACAUUGGCGGUCAAGGGCUACCAGGACCUUAUUCGCCUAACUCAUUCGACGAUCAAAAGUACGGCAAUUCCCUAGGAAACUACGCCAGCAACACUGAUUUCUACAAGAAAGAAUUCCAAGUGGGAUCUUCUGGAAAUAGCUUAUACAACCAGGGCCCUGCUACUUUUGGCCAGAACAACGGCUUCCAAGACAACUACCAUGAGCCCAAGGCCCAAGGAUUUGAGUGCGUUUGCGUCAACUACGAUCAAUGUCCCAGUCAAGAAAUUAUUGGCCGCAGAGAUGACCUUUACCUGCCAAUCGACCCAAGAAACAAAGGCAGUGAAAUCACAGCUCUGACUGAAGAUCAGUUAGAUAAUGUAACCGUAUCGGAAUCUACAUCCGAAACCAAACCUGCUAACUCCACAGAAUCCGAAGCUAAAACAGUAUCCAAGCGUGAGGUCAAAGCUGAAGAAAAAUCUGACGAAGCCAACAAAGAUGUCGAACCGCGCUUCUUUGGAUCGGCCGGCUACGGCGGCAAUGGCAAUGGCAACAAACAAGUGCAGCCCACGUUUGGUGUCUCUUUUGGGUUGCCCCAGACUUCUCAUGGUGGUUAUCCUGUAAAUCCCUUUAACGCAAAUCCUGUCCAAAAUCCUUAUGGUCCAGCACUCAAUGGAGGUGGCCUGAAUUUGGGUCUCGUAUCUGUUAAUCCGUUGUUAGCCGUACAAGUUACCAAAAACGAUUACGGUGAGAAGGUAGUCAAACCAUUUGUCAACCUCCACGUUACUCCUAAUGAGCAUGUAGUUAAUAAACUUGGCCACUUGCUUCAUGAACAGAAAACAUAUCUGCUGAACAAACACGAGCACUAUCAUCAUCAUGAUCCGUACCACCACUACAAUCCCGUCCGCCCUUACUACAACCACCACAUCCCGCAUCCUCCUCACUAUUCUUCCCCACAUUACCCCUCCCCGCACUACCCCGCGCCGCACUACCCUGCCCCUCACUACCCCAGACCUCCAGUUUAUUCUCCUCACCACAAUCAUUACGAACCAACUGGAUACGGUCCAGUUUUUAAACAAAAUGCUAAUAUCCCAACCGGACAUGAUGAUGAUUACUACGACGAAGAUAAUGGCAAUAGUUACGAUGACCAGUCCUUAGAUUACAACUCCGGAUUCUACAAUCCCUCUUUUGAAAGAUCAGCUAAUAAUAGUAAUUUGAACGGCAACAACUAUGCCAACCGCUAUGCGUAUUCCCGAUCCCUGACCCUUCCCUCGCCUAGUCCUGGGGCAAACCGGGGAGGCCAAACCGUCAAAUUCCCAUCGAAUAGAAGAAAGAGGGACACUACUGUAGAAACUGUUAAAAGCGAGACUAUUGAAGAGAGAGCAUACGGCCGUCCUCAGCUACCGCAGCAACAGUGCCGAGCUAACCAAGUGUGCUGCCGUAAGCCUCUGCGCCCACAAGCCGCCAACCAAGGCCAGUGCGGUAUCCGCCACUCUCAGGGAAUAAACGGCAGGAUCAAGACCCCGUCAUACGUCGACGGCGACAGCGAGUUCGGAGAGUACCCGUGGCAGGUCGCCAUCCUGAAGAAGGACCCGAAAGAAUCCGUCUACGUUUGCGGAGGAACACUGAUUGAUGGACUACACAUUAUGACUGCUGCUCACUGCAUUAAAUCACAUCACGCUUCUGACCUGCGAGUCCGUCUCGGCGAAUGGGACGUGAACCACGACGUGGAGUUCUUCCCCUACAUCGAGCGAGACGUCCUCUCCGUGCACGUGCACCCGCAGUACUACGCCGGCACCCUGGACAACGACCUCGCCAUCCUGAAACUGCAGUCGCCAGUCGAAUGGACGAAGUACCCCCACAUCAGCCCCGCCUGUCUGCCCGACAAAUACACCGACUACGCCGGACAGAGAUGCUGGACCACUGGAUGGGGCAAGGACGCGUUUGGAGACUACGGGAAGUACCAGAACAUCCUGAAGGAGGUGGACGUGCCGAUCCACGGCCACAACCAGUGCCAGCAGCAGCUGCGGCAGACGCGGCUCGGCUUCAACUACGAGCUGAGCCCCGGGUUCCUGUGCGCCGGCGGGGAGGAGGGCAAGGACGCGUGCAAGGGAGACGGCGGUGGCCCGCUGGUGUGCGAGCGAGGCGGCACGUGGCAGCUGGUGGGCGUGGUCUCGUGGGGCAUCGGCUGCGGCCAGCCCGGCGUGCCCGGCGUGUACGUCAAGGUGGCGCACUACCUCGACUGGAUCGCGCAGGUCACCGGCAAAUACUCCAACUACAACUAAGCUUCGCGGCAAGCUCACAGCAUAUCAUCUCAUAAUGCUUAUCAUGAAAGUGAAACUAUCAAGAAAGUAUUUAUUUUUUAGACUCUAGUAGACUAUUUAAUUUUAAUUUAUUAUGCUUUGGAUGGUAAUAUCCAGAGUGGCCAAGUAAAUGCGUGUAGCAAUUUUUGUAUACAAUACAUUUUUAAAUGUUAAUAAAAUUAUUAAAUUAAAUAUAAAAUACA